GGGCGCCGGCUGGACACUCCGCGGGAGCGCGGCCCGGCGGCCUCGCCCGGGGAGCGGGCCCGGCCCCUCCAGAGCCCGCCGGCCUCUGGGCAGGGACCACGCCGCGGACUUCCUCCUCCGCCCGGUGUUUGGGAUUGAACUCAGAUCUUAAUACAUGCAAGGGAAAGCAGAAAGUAUGAAAGCCUAUCUAAAGAGCGCAGAAGGCUUUUUUGUCCUGAAUAAAAGUACUACAAUUGGAAGGCACGCAAACUCAGACCUGGUCAUAGAGUCAGCCGACAUUGACAACCACCACGCGCUCAUUGAAUUCAAUGAGGCCCAGGGCAGCUUCGUCCUCCAGGACUUCAACUCCGUCAACGGCACCUUCGUCAACGAGUGCCACAUUCAGAACGUGGCAGUGAAGCUGCUGCCCGGAGACGUCCUGAGGUUUGGGUCUUCCGGGCUGACUUACGAGCUGGUGGUUGAGAACCCGCCCUUGGUCACCUUCCCAUGGGUGAAGAGCUCAUCGCCUUGGUCGGGGUCACAUCCAGCAAACCAGUCCCAAUCGUCGUCACACUUCUUCUUCCAAGGCAUCCGGCAGCCACCCAUGCCUAGGACCUGGUCCCAGGGGUCCUCCAGGCCCACCUCCAUGUCGCCUGGUCCCCACCAGCGGCCCCUGAGUGCCAGCGGGAAGGUGUUCUCCUUCAUGAUGGAGGGCAAGCCAAGAGCCCCCCUCGUCAAACAAGUGUGGACUGGCGCCAUAGGCCUGUCGGAGCAAUCAAUGGCUGAGGGGAUUCCCGGGACCUCCCACACCACGGAGAUUUACAUGGACCAGGACCUGGGCCAGCAGGAUAAGGAUGAGAUCAUUCUGCUGAUGGGAAAAGAAAUCAGCCGUCUCUCAGAUUUUGAGCUUGAAUCCAAGUACAAAGAUGCCGUGAUUGCGAGUAUGCAGAGAGAAAUGGCCAGCCUGAAUCAGAAGCUGUCUGAGACGGCCUGCUCCAGACAGAAGGAUCAGGAGGCCUCUCAGAAGAUGCUGGACGAAGACAUUGAAGCCAAGAAGAAAGAGAUCCAAGGCUUGAAAAAUCAGAUAAGCACCCUGCAGAAAGGCUACAACCAGAUGCUGUGCCAGAGCCUGUCCGAGAGGAACACCGAGAUCUCCAGCCUGAAGAACCAGGGCGAGAACCUGAAGAAGGACCAUGCGCUCACUGCAGAAUUGGUGUCAACUUUGCAAAAAGAUAUGUUAGCAAGGGACGAGCAGGUUCAACAGCUAAGACAGGAGGUGAAUCAACUGAAGAGAGAAAACAAAGAAAAGGACCAUCAGCUUCAUGCCCUGACCUCCAGAUGCUCGGCGCUGAAAGAUGAGUUACAGAAGGAAGAUGCUGAGAAGGAGCGCCGGGACAGCCAGGAGAGAGAGCUGAAGACCUACAAAAGUCAAAUCCAAGACCUGGAGAAAGAAAUAAAGAAACUCCGGGGCGAGCUCCGGAAGACCAGUUCUGAGCCGACUGUGACAUCCAAGACUCGGGAGAAGAGCAAGGUUGAAGAGAAGCUGCAGGAGGAUUCCAGGAGGAAAUUGCUCCAGCUCCAAGAAAUGGGGAGCAGAGAGAACCUCAUUAAAGUCAAUUUGGAGAGGGCAGUGGGCCAGCUGGAGCAUUUCAGAAGCCAGGUCAUCAAGGCCACCUAUGGACGAACGAAGCCCUUCCAGGACAAGCCGGUCACUGACCAGCAGCUACUCGAGAAGAUCACCCAGGUCACGGAGGACAGCGUUAGCUGGCAGCAGAGGAAGUGGAGCCUGAAGAAGGACUCUCAGCUCAGCUGCUCCCAGCAGGAGGAGAUCACGGAGCACAUCGAGAAGCUGAAGACGUUCCUGGACAAAUGCGAGGCCUGCAUGAGAACCUCCUGUUGCAGCCGAGACCUGAAGAAGGAGGCGGACCUUCUGCGGUUCCUCGAGCUGAGCGCCCCCGUCUCGGGGCUCCAGAAGGUGUCGCUGGACAUCGUGCGCACAUCUGCGUCCUGGCUGGAGGACACGGAGCACCUCCUCCGGGAUGUGGGGAUCCAGCUGGCCAGCUCUGACAAAGGAUUGUCCUUGUAUCUGAAGUAUCUUCUGGAACAUUAUAAAAAAAUUAAAAGCCACACCCAGGAACUUCAGAUCAAGAUCACCAGUUCUCAGGAAACUCAGCAGUCUCUAAUGCAAACAAAGCUGCAGGAGCAUCAGGCAGAAAAGGAGAAGUUGCAUGAGGAAAGGCUACAGGAAGAGGAGAAGCUCAAGGCCAGAAUCAAGCAACUGACGGAUGAGAAAGAGGCACUCACGGAGGACAUUGCUCAGGAAAAAGCCAAAAUGAAUGAAGCCCUCGAGGAGGAACACAGGAAAGUCCAAGAUCUCGAGAACCGCCUCAUCCGCCAGAAGAAGGCCUUGGAGGAGAGCAUUGCUCAAGAGAAAACCAGAGCGCAGGAAGCGCUGGAGGAAGAACAGGCCAGAGUCCGAGACCUGGAGAGCCGCCUGGCCCAGCAGAAAGAGGUUUUGGAGAGCAGCAUGGCCUUUGAGAAAAGAAAAGCAAAGGAAGCCUUAGAGACAGAAAAGAGGAAAGUCCAAGAUCUGGAGAACCACCUAACCCAGCAGAAGGAGAUUGAGGAGAGCACCAUCGCCUAUGAAAAAAACAGAGCGAUGGAGGCCGUCGAGAAGGAGAAGAAAAGGGUGCAGGAUCUGGAGAACCGCUUAACCAAGCAGAGAGAGGAAAUAGACUUAAAGGAACAGAAAGAGGAUAUUUUAAAUAAUAAAUUAAGCGAUACCCUGGCCCUGAUAGAAGAACUGAAGAGAGCCAAGAAGGCUGAGAGUCUUAGAGCAGAUAAUCUCGCUAAGAAAUUAAAUGAAACAUUAGCUGAGCUGGAAACUUCAAAGACACAAUUGACGACCACGGAGGAGCGGAUGCAGCUACAGCAGCAGACCCUCCGGGCCCUGCAGGAGCAGCAGGAGGAGCAGAAACAGGGGUUCGAAGAGGAGAUCCUCCAGUACAAGGAGCAGAUCAAGCAGCACUCACAGACCAUCGUGAACCUGGAGGAGCGGCUCUACCGGGUGGUGGAGCACCACAGGAAGAUCGAAGACGAGAUCGCCACACUGAAGGCGGCGGAGCCAGCCCAGAAGGAAGAAACACAACCAGCUCUUCCACUGCCUCCUUCACCAAAGAGCAGCCCCACGGACGACGCAAGGUGCAGUCCCGCGAUAGAAGAUUUAUUCGCUGCUCAGAAGGAAAUCCUGUCUCAGCAGGAGAUGAUCAUGAGGCUGAGGCAAGAUCUGAGCGAAGCCCACAGCCGGAUGUCGGACCUGAAAGGGGAGCUGAACGAGAAGCAGAAGAUGGAACUGGAGUUAAAUGUGGCUUUGGUCCAGCAGCAAAGCCUUGAGUUGAAAAUGCUCAAGGAACAGACGAAGCAGAUGACCAGCCUGGUAGAGAAGAAGGACAGGGAGCUGCGGAGCCUCAAGGAGGCACUCAGAACCUCCCAGAGCAAAUUGCAGCUGCACAAAGAGAAGGAGCAGAAGCCUCGGGACCGGGCCAAGAUGUGCGACAUCUCCGUGCAGAUAGAACCAAUCAAUGACACCUCCACGAGCAGCCAAGAGGAGCAGGCCUUCAGUGACCUCGGGGCCAAGUGCAGGGGGUCCCGGCAUGAGGAAGUCAUUCAGCGGCAGAAAAAAGCCUUAUCUGAUCUUCGUGCACGAAUUAAAGAGCUCGAGAAGUCCUUCACGCCAGAUCACAAAAACCAACAGGAUGAAUCAUUUCGAGAUCCCAAGGCUCUCAGACUGGAAAACAGUGUCCAGAAUUUAUCGGAUGCAAAACCUGACUUGCCAACUCUCUCAAGAAUAGAAAUCCGAGCAGGAACCAAUGGUCUUGUCAAUCGAGAAUCCAGCCUGUUCCUGGACAACUUAGGGAAAAUGGAUAUGGCUGAAGCUUUGGAUCUCAGUGAAAAGCUGUACAUGGACAUGAGCAGAACUCUGGGCUGUCUGAUGAACAUCAAAGACAUGUCAGGUCAGGUCUCCAUAAAAUUCCUCUCCCCAAAAGAGAGGGAGAAGGUCAACCAGCUACGACAAAGGGACCUCGACCUGGUGUUUGAUAAAAUCACCCAAAUGAAGAACCGGCUGGAGAGAAAAGAGGAGAUUUUGAGAGGAUACGAGAAGGACAUCGAACAGCUCAGGCAAAGCAAAGUGUCCGUUCAGAUGUACCAGUCACAGGUGGCCAAGCUGGAGGAUGACAUCUAUAAGGAGGCCGAGGAAAAGGCCCUGCUGAAGGAGGCCUUGGAGCGCAUGGAACAGCAGCUGUACCAGGAGAAGAGGAUCAACAGGGCCAUCAGGCAGCAGAAGGAACGUUUAGAGGAUGGAGAACAAAGAAAAGAAUCCGCAUUUUGCAGCUGUUUGCACAAAGAGAAAAUGAGACAGAGACGAAUUGUUGUAGAGAUGGCGAAGAACAAGACACUGAGCUCAAAAAUCCAGGCUGGAGCUAAAAAAGUCAUCACAAAGGAGCAGGAAAGAGAGAUGCUGAAGAAAGGAACAUCCAGCCAGUCUACCCAGAGCUUUGUGUCUUCAAGGGCAGAUGAAAGGAGCUAGAAUUACCAUCCAGGCCUCGCAUGAUCCUCCAUGCGUCAGUGUGACUCUUCUGUGUCAAAAUACUAAGAUGCUUGUGUUGGACUCUAAAAAAGUAUUAUGCUUGUGUGCUUGUCACUAGGACAGAAUCUUGAAUAAUGCUUUGUUGCGGUGGUAUAAAGGAAAAGGCUUCCUUUUUAUUUCAACACCUACAAAUAUCUACAUACUUUAAACUAUACGUAUAAAGGACAUAAGUUUGAAACGUCUAGACCUGAUAGAUGUCAUCGUGUGUUUCUACCUUUGAUUUUCCCAAACACCGUACCGCCAAGGGGUUCCAAAGAAAUCCACAGUGCAGACAAACUCAAGGUUUGAACCAGAGCUGUAGAACAGAACCAUAACCUCAGGGCUUGUGGGGGACCAUGAUGUAUUUAUAUCUUGAGUUUAUAAUAAUAAAUUUAGAACACCAAUUCACUUUAUUGCUUCUGUAAUAAUGUUUACAUGGCACUCUUGCAGUUUUCAAAAAGAGUCUCAUCGAGCCUUAUCAAGUUUCCUAUGAAGUAAAAUUGUAUCACAUUAUUCCCCAUUUUACAGAGAAGAUUGGGGGCGCUGUCUAAAAAUCACACAGAUAAAUGUUUAGAAUUCAAGGCUUGGGUCUAUCACCCCAGUCUCUAACUCCUCACACUAUUCAUUCUGAGAUUCCAAGGUGGGUGGCCCUGUAGUUCAAGGAGUUCAAGGCCAAGAUCCAGGGUAAGUGAUCAGUCAGCAAAAAACUCCCACUGCCUGGCCGGACACAGCCCUUUUUCAUGGUGUUUGAAGAGGUACUAAUUUUUCUUGCUCUCUACUUCUUUGUGUUGUUCCCUGCCCUCUCUCCACCCAGCCUUC